ACGGAAUAUAGGACAGCCUUUUUAGGGUACCCACCAAAUAGGACUGGUCACAAAAUAUAAAACGAAGGACACUGCGGGAUAUUUCUACUUCAUCUCACGUGUUAUCACUACUGUAUUCUAUGUAGGUCAGCUAACUGGAAGAAGAGAAGCUCAGUUAAAACCUGUCUGACCUGUGCGUCCACGCGCAGUGAAAGCAUGAAUCCAGUCUACAGUCCUUUAUAUACAAGAGUAAAGGAAGUGUUUAUAGGGUGUGUGUUGUCUUGCAUGUCCCUUUAAAACUAAGCCUUACCCCUCGCGCUCAGAAGUUUAGUGACGUUCUGUACCUGCCGGCAGGUGAGACUGGAUGUUUUAAUGCGCGCGGUGGACCUGUGGGACUUUUUAAUAGGGUUUUUGUUAUUUUUCAUUAAGGUUUAUGAAAAUUUGGAUUAGGAUAUGGUACAAACGACGUGUGUAGAUGGUGGACGUUAAACCAAAAAAAUCUGUGUUUUUAGAAGGCUGAUUUCUAUAAAUCGCCGAAACGUCUCGACAACAUCAACAUACGGGAACUUUUUUACGAAAAUACAGUAUCUAGUUAUUUACUGAUGGACGAGAUGCGAUUGAAAAUACCAAAUAUAAUGAAGAAUCACGUUUACUUCCUUUGAUCAUCCGAUGUUAUAUUUCAUGCAAGCUUUUUGCAACUCAGAGAACAUAAACAAACCUUCUCAAAGAGAAUGGCAUUUAAGCGAUCAUCUUCCAUGAAGACCCAGCUGGUCAAUGCUAUUCAGCUUCAAGAAGUGGAGCUGGGAGAAACCAGCACCGACCAUACCUAUAACACACCAGUAGAACCUGCAGAACCUCCAGAGGUCAAGGAAAUAAAAUGUUACACUGUGGAGGAGGCCGUCGAGAACAUUGGCUUUGGACGCUUUCAUAUUAUGCUUUUUGUCAUCAUGGGGAGUGCCAAUAUAGUGGAGGCGAUGGAGAUUAUGUUACUGGCUGUAGUUUCUCCCGAGAUCCGCUGCGAGUGGCGUCUGGAGGAUUGGCAGGUGGCUCUGGUCUCCACGAUGGUGUUUUUGGGUUUUAUGGUCUGUGGGGUUCUCAGUGGUUAUUUGGCCGACAAAUACGGACGGUGGAAGGUGGUGUUUAGUGGCUUUGUGUGCGCUUCAUAUUUUUCUCUACUUACUUCGUUCUCCCCAUCAUACGGCUGGUUUAUCUUCCUGCGCUGUAUGGUCGGCUGUGGAGUGGCGGCCACAUCUCAAGGGUUUGUUCUGAAGACAGAAUUCAUUCCAGCCAAAUACAGAGCAUUUUUGCUACCUCUUGCUUCAAUCUUCUGGAUGUUGGGAUCAAUGCUCAUCAUCAUUCUCGGUAUGACGGUGGUGCCCACAAUGGGCUGGCGUUGGAUGAUCCGUUUCUCCAUCAUCCCCAGUAUCAUACUCAUUGGACUGUUCCUGUUGAUUCCUGAGUCUGCACGGUACCAGGUCUCAGCAGGUAACAUCCAGGGAGCUAUGUCUACACUUCGGUGGAUUGCUAAUAUGAAUGGCGCAAUGCUACCUGAAGGAGAACUGAGAGAGCCAGAAGUGACAGAAAGAGGAAAUGCAUUCACUCUGAUCAGUUCUGGAUUGAGAAGAACAUCACUGUUGCUGUGGUACUCAUGGUUUGUGGCCUCUUUCUGCUAUUAUGGUUCAGUGCUUAGCAGCUCAGAGUUACUGGAAAAGAAUCUCCUGUGUGUGACGGAUGCAGACCAAGAGCACCAGAUCAAACACAACCAGGAGGAGGCACUGUGCUAUUGUAUUACAUUUAAUUCAGCUGACUACCAGACGCUUCUCAUCAGCUCUCUCGGCGAGGUGGCACUCAUACCUCUGAAUAUUGGACUAUUAAAUAUAUUCGGACGAAAGCCAAGCAUGGCCAUUCUGUUGAUGCUUGCUGCUGUUUUUUUUAUGCUUGUUAAUAUCUGCACAACAAUGUUUGGUUUCACCGUACUGCUCUUCCUUCUCCGUUCUGUGGUUGCGAUGAAUUUUAAUGUGGUCUAUAUAUAUACAGCAGAGGUUUAUCCGACAUCUGUGCGCUCAAUAGGAAUGGGUUUUUGUACUUCCUUCAGUCGAAUUGGGGGAAUGAUCGCGCCAUUUAUUGCACAGGUACUGAUGUCCAAGUCUGUAGUUCUGGCUCUGACUCCGUUUGCAGUGGCGUGUGUAAUUUGUGCCGGGGGAGUUGCCCUGCUGCCCAUAGAGACCAGAGGAAGGGCGUUACUGCAAAAUGCAUGAAGUACACACCUGAUGAAGAUGAAAGACAGUUUUGUAACAAAAAAAUAAAAUCAUUUAUGAUAUCUCAUUAAAGUUGGAACUGUUUUUUAAACAAUUUUGUGGGUCAUGUUUUUUAUAGAGACCAUUAAAGACCACAUAACAUUUUUUGACUAACACAAUUUUCUUUGUUGGUUAAGGAGGCAUGUUGAAUGGUUCAUGUUUCUUUUAAAUAACAAAAGACUUUAUGUCCCAAGCUCUCCACUUGCUAUUGCUAGUCAUUGCCAUUUUGUAAUAUGAAAAGAGGACAUUCUCAUUUAGGCCUAUAAGACAAAAAAUAAAUGCAUAUGUCUCAAAUGCAAAAUGAGUCAAUAAUAUUAUUAUAUUGGGCAGCCUGAGACAUAAACUAAAGCCUAUUUAAAGAAGGGCCCCUUAAUUACAGAGCAAAGUGUGUUUGGGCUCUUUAACGUGUGAUAACAACCACUAGGGGGAGACAUACCACUCUGCGAGUCACGGGGAUUAAAGAUCAAGUAUUGCAUUUAAAAGUGUUGUACUUAAAGGUCUUGCCUCCAGUUUUCUCCGUCGUUCUUCCACCUACCUUCUUUCUUGGUAUGUAAUCUCAUUAUGAAGUCUUUGUGUAAAUGGGAUUAGAUUUAAGGCUGCUCUCUGCAACACCAACCUCUAUCCACAAACAGAUCUUUUCUAAUACUGACCAGUAAACUUGUCAAGACAUGCACUGACUUGUUAACAUGAACAAUCUACAUUAUUCAUGAUAUUGCUUAAUAAAUUCCAUUGCGUGCGCAUGUAUGUAUGCAUGCACGUGCAUGUGUCGAAUGUACAUGUUUGUCCACAAAGACAAUGUUUGUGUUUGUCUGGUUGAAAGUGUGUCUAAAGAAGGAGUCACCAAGUGCCUGGUUGCUCCUUCCUCUGACCUUGGCUAUAAAGUGAUGGAGAAAGAGGACAGAGCGGGACAGUGUGCGUGCGUGCGCGUGCACAAGUGAGGCGAGGAAGAGCGCGCAGCAUUGCAGCUGCAAAUGUGACUCCGGUGGCUUUUACAUCCACUUGGAAACUUGCCCGAGAUGGAGAGCAAAAGAUGUCAGCAUCAUGAAGCACGGUAAAUAUUACUGGAGGUCAAUGAAUGUGUUUUGCUAUUUGAUAAAUGCUUACGCAGAUUUCACGUACUGUGGUUUGCGUACAGUAUCAUGUCACUCUGGUGCAGUGGUGUGGGAAACAUUUAAGGCAGGUGCAGUGCGUUAUGGAAAAUGCAGGAAAGUUUAGGGGAAUUAAGUCUGCAUUCAGGUCGUCGCGUUUUGGUGCACAGUGACACGUGGUUAUUUAUCUAUUUUACUCUAGGUAAAAAUGACUGUUGUUUAAUUAAUUGUUUAUGCAUUAGAUGGCAUCAUUGUUUAAAGUGCAAUCGGUGUUUGAAUGGCUGCCUAGUGUGGGAUUUGAUUUUGUUUUACUAAUCGUGCUGUUUAUAAUCUUAAUUAUGAGAAAGCCAAAGCCCCAAUGCAACAGCCUGUUUUUCAAAUCAAUAGCGGUGAAUUAAAUGUAGAUGCAGAUUUUAUUUGUGUGAAAAUGUAGUGUGUCUGUGAUAUAAUGAGUCUGUUAAAACCAUACAUGGGAUUAAGCAAAAUCUAGCAGAAAGACUGAGGCGAAGCUUUGAAAGAAAAACAACAAAUUAGAGAAAAGAGUAGACCAAGUUAUUGAAUGUGGAAAUAAAGAUGAACAAUUAAAAAAAAAGGACAGAAAAUUGUUAAAAGGUGAAUGAAACAGAUAGAUUGUAUAAAGGAAAAAAAGAUUUAACAAAAUGUAGAGGAGUCUUCAUCUGAUGAUGGAAGGUGGUCACAAGAUAAAUUUUAUUUUUAAAUUGAAAGGCAAUAUUUUGCAUGGGUCAAGCUGAAACCUUGUGGGCUGAUUAUUCCCAUCCUUUGACAUUCAAGGAAGUGAAUAAAAGCUGGCAAUGAAAAGACAGUGGCAAAAACUGUGUGUGACAUCAAAGUGUUGGAGUUACAAAGAGAGGAGUAACUCAUAAACUGGACUGAGAACACAUUCUAUUUGAAUAGGACUAUACUUAAACUCAAGCAGUGAAGGGGGCAUAUGGUCAGAGACAUUUACAAGGAUGAAACACCAAAAAGACUGAGUGGAAUCCAGAAAGAGACUAACAAAGACAAUAAUGUUCUUGGAGGCAAGAGAAACUGGACAAUACUUCACUGGACACUGAACUUUUUCAUCUUCAUACGAGCCUUUGAGUGAAAAGGGGGAAAGAGUAAACAGCCGUUCAAUGUUUAGUAAAGACCUUGUUACUAUAGGGACACAGACAAUCUUUAUGAGAAAAUCAGCUAGACAAAUUUAAAGGCUGAUAAAGAACUUUGUUGUUAGGUGUGACUACCUGUUCUGAAAUCAAAUCAGACUCCUAUUAAUCUGACAGGAAGAAAUGCAUAGUUGAAUUUGGUAUCUACAGAGGACGUCAGAACUCCACUGAUGGUACUGAGCUAAAAAAGUAAAUAUAUAUGGCAUAGAACAGCUAUGGCAGAAAGGAUAUUAAAAUGGAUAAAAGAAAUAAAUUGAAAAAGAAAAAAGAACACCAUAGAACACUAUAAAAGGUAAACAAGAAAAGCUGUGAGAAUAGAAAAAUAACUGAUUAUUGUAACAAACUUUGUAUUUAAGGAAAUUGCCAGCCCAGACAUCAUAUAUGUGCAUGAAGGUGUUCACAUGGCAGAUCUAAUCACUGAGGGUGAGCCGCAGGAUUGGAUACCAUUGACUGAUAUACAAAUUGUUAUUGUUGUAAUUAAUUAUAAUUGUUAUACCAUUGACUGAAAAAGCAAAUAAAUUGAGAGAUGGUUUGUUCGCGGUACCACUGACAACUACCCCACCGUUAUUCACACUGUUUACAGAUGGUUGUUGUUUCAGAGCAGCAGAUGACACAUUGAAGGCAGGCUUUGCUGUGGUUGAGCAAGUUGUGGGUGAUUUUGUAACACGACUGAGUGGUGGAUUGAAAGGUAAACGGUCAGCACAGAGAGCUGAAAUGACAGCUGUUAUCAAAGCCUUGCACUACACUGGUGAAGAGAGGGUGAUUGUUUAUAGUGACUCUGCAUAUGUGAUUGGUGCAGUAUAUAUGGAACUGCCAUAUGGCAGAUAGGUGGGUUUGAAACCAGGAAAGGCCGGCCUAUAGUAAAUGCUAGCAAAGCCUGACACAUACUACAGGCUGUGAAGGUACCUAAUGACGUGGCUGUUGUCAACUGCCUAACACACCACUUAUAUCCCCAACCAUGGUUUCCCAAGACAAAGUUAGAUCUGACAAAAUUGACAAACACGCAAUGGAAUUGACAUAUAGUUUCGGGGCUGCUUAUCACCCCAAUGUUAGAGCAAAGAUGUGAAAUAAUGAACCUGACUUUGACAUUAAAACUUGACUUGACAAACUAUGUGCACAGACAAAAAUAACAUGGCUUGACACAUUACCAAUUGCAUUAAUGUCUAUUCACUUUUCUGUUAACAGGAUUCUUGGUUUUACAACCUUUGAAUUGUUUACAGGUCGUCAGUUUCCGGGUCCGAGGAACGCCUUGGUGCAGGAUCCAAUCCUGCCACUAACUAAUGCUGUUUAUUUUUUAGAAACUAACUGCUAUGACUGAACAUUUUUCCUGCCAGGCUACCAAACAACGAAAUUGUGAGAACGACCCAGCUGUUAAAAAUGAUGAUUGGGUUUCUAACAGACACAGGUGUGGACCUGAGGACUCAGGUCCAAGAGAGGGAGAGUGUUGAAAGUGAAAGUGAAUCAGCUGGAAUACAGAGAGGAUAAACAGGAAGUGGUAACACAUCAGUGGUAACACUCACACAACACUAACAACAAAGUCAACAAACACUGUAAAAUUGUGCAUAAAAAAGGUGACAUUUUUUCCAGCCCAGUAACAGAACCCCUAGCACACUGUGUGAGCACAGAUUGUGCCUACGGAGCAGGUAUAGCCGUACAGUUCAAAGCGAAGUACGGUACACAAAAGGUUGUAAGACAGAACAAACACACAGGUGAAUGUGCAGUUACCCAUGAGGACGACGGCAGAUUGAUUUUUCAUUUAAUAACAAAACAAAAUUGUACUGAUUUACCAACAUAUGAGAAUUUUACCCACAGCCUCAGACGUAUGAGAGAGUGGUGUGAGAAAGAAAACAUAACAAGUGUAUCCACUCCCCGGCUGGGGUGUGGCCUGGAUAAAUUGGAUUUCCACAAAGUGCUGGAUAUCCUGACAGAAGUGUUUAGAGAUCUGAAUAUCACAAUUACCAUAUAUUCAUUAUAACCUGGGUAACUACAUACCAGAUUGACCUUUGAAUUUUGAUCUUUGAAUUUCUUAAGUUUCUUAUAUAAUUCUACAGUAUUAAUUUCAUAUUUCAUUUUUUCUUUUCCUUUUUGAAUUUACGAUUGUUAUUUGAGUAUUAGCCAAUAGGCAUAAGUGUAUUUUUUCCACAGAGAUGAAGCUAUAUGGAAAUUGGAAGGUUCUGUGGGCCCUAGGAGUUAUAACUGCAAUUAUAAUCACAAUAAUAUUUAGCAUAAACAAUGGAGGUAAUUUGAAAAUUGACAAAAGGUCCAAGAUAACACCACAAGAUCAGUGCUUAAAGAGAUAUGGGGGAAUUGAAUUGAAUUACACAAAAAAUUCAACGAUAUCAUACACCUUUGAUUUAUGCAGUGUGAUAGAUUGUGGAGGGCAAUAGUAACCUCUAUAGUAGUGUCCAUUGGUGUAUUUGUGGCUAUCCUGGUCACUUGUGGAUGUUGUUGAAUCCCCUGUCUCAAAUCCCUGUGUAAUAGGCUGAUAGUGUCUGCAAUAGAGAAAAGAGAAAAUCCACCCCCAUACAGCAUGCUGCUAUUAGGCCUACAGAACCUGGAGGAUGAUGAGGAGAAAAUGUGUGACCUCUUUCAGAGGUCAAGAGAGGGAAUUGUGGGAUUUGAUUUUGUUUUACUAAUCGUGCUGUUUAUAAUCUUAAUUAUGUGUAUUGUUACAACAAAGAUUUCUGUGCUGAAUACAAGAAAGUUGUCUGUGUGGUUUCGGUUGGGGGAGAGACAGCAUAUGCUGAGGAAUUUACGCCUGGCAUGGAUCAAGAUAAGAGAGAGGUCUGAGGGGGAAAAGUAUUUAAUGAUGUUAUUAACUAAUGCUUUAAUAUUCACAGGAUAAAAUAUGCAAUGUAUUUCUUACUUAAUCAGUAUUAAUCAUUGAAUAAUUGAUGUAGUAAAUAUAAGAUGUUGUCUUUGAUAAAUGUGUAUUAACCAAUGAAAUGAAGGUUGCAUACAGAAUAACUUAAUGGGGGCAGGGCAGCUCAACCUUGAAGAAACAGAAUUUCCUGUGUGUGUGUGUGUGUGUGUGUGUGUGUGUGUGUGUGUGUGUGUGUGUGUGUGUGUGUAUGUGUGUGUGUGUGUGUGUGUGUUUUCUUUCCUCACAGAUGGUUUUUAAUAAUGAUUAAAGUGUUUGCUUAGAAGUAGUAUUGCAGUAAAAGAUUUAAUAUGUGUUUAUCUAUCUAAAGAAGUUAAUGUGUGCCUUAUUCAUAUAACCAAUUUUACAAAUAAUGAAAUGAUGUCAUGAUAUUGAAAUAUGUUUUACAUAAUAAUCACUUUCAUCUUACAGCUUAUGUUUUUUAUAAAUGAAUGUUUUAUUAAUGAUUUGUUUCUAAGAAAGCAUUAUAACAUGCUAUUCAAAGUGGAGGAGUACUAGAGAAGAACUGCAGGGCUCCCAGGGAUGAGAGGAGAACAGUUUGUUUUUCUUUGUCUAUGUGUGUCCAUCUUUGCCUACAGGCUAAAAUUGGGUGUGGUGAUGGAGUCAGAUGGACGAGGGGAACGGCCUUUGUGGGUGGAGAUUUUCUGAAGAAAGAUCGACGUCACAUAUUUUAUAUAUAUGCAUGUUACUUCCUGAGCUGGUUGUUCGCUACUUGAGAGGACCCAGCGCUGUUAAACUUUUUCAAUCUGAUCAAUAAAUAUUUGAACUUA